CUAGAGUAGGCGGUGUUUUUAUAUUUAUAAAAAAUUCAAUGAAAAACAGCAAAAUUCUGGAUUAAUUUUAUGUCCACAUAGUUUUGAAGGUACCUCUGUGUAGCAGACGAGUGCACUCAAAAUCCCAGUAGUUCCGAUACGGAGACGGCACAGGCCCGAUCGCCAGCAUACUGAUGGCCAAGCAAAUGGUUGUGAACACGACGUCGCCAAUGACUGGGCGGCGCCUGCAUCGGGAUGUUAACCGGCUGCUGGCCUCGGGUUACCGCACCACCGUGGAUGAUGACAUGGCCAACCUGGAUGUCCGUUUCGAGGGGCCACUGGGCACCGCCUACGAGGGCGGCGUGUGGUCGGUAAAUGUGGCCAUACCGCAGGAAUAUCCCCUGAAGGCGCCGCGCGUCCGUUUUGUCACCAAGAUCCUGCACCCAAACAUCGAAUUCACCACUGGCCUGGUCUGCAUGAAUGUCUUUAAGCAGGCCUGGUCACCCAGCUACGACCUAGUGAACAUUUUCGACACCUUUCUGCCGCAGCUGCUACGACAUCCCAAUCCGUUUGACCCAUUGAAUCACAGAGCCGCCUCCCUCAUGAAGCACUCGGAGAAGCUCUUCCGUGAGCAUGUUAUCAUCUGCUUGAAGAUGUACGCCCGGCCCGUUUUCGAAGCACCGAAGAACCUGGCGGAGGAGGGUCUCGAGAAGCGGUCCUCGGACCUCAGUCUUUCCGAUCUGUUGUCGGACGAGGAUGAUGAUCAAGAUGGAGAAGAUAACCACAACAAUGACUCCUCUAUCGCACUGCCAGGUGACGGGGCAGAUCAAGCUGGCGUUUAAGUAUUUGGAUGGAAUUUUUUGUGUCUUUGUAAGAGAGAAAUUUGUAUAUGAGCAAAUAUAUCGAAAUUUUAAGUACGAUGAA